AUGAAGCUCGGAAACUUAUUGUUUUCUUUCCUGUUAAGCUCGCUUGCUGUAGCUGAUGAAACGAAACUUUCUGAUGAUGCCAGCGCUGGGUCACUUGGCUAUGUGAACUUCGAUGUGUCUUACAAUAUAUUGGAAAGACCUGACGCCAAGCUAACGCUGCCAAUUGAAUUUACUGCUAAAGAGACCGCAACUUUCAAUAUCACUUUCCAGAACAGGGAGGAUCAAAAUGUGACAAUUGUCGGCCUUGCUGGUAACGUCAUCGACACUAUGGGCGGCCAAGAAAUCGCUAAUGUUACAGCUCAAGAGCUAGGUCCUUUCGCAGUUCCAGUGAAUGAUAGCGUCAAUUUUCAAACAGCUAUUCAAUUAACGUUGCCAGAGGGUUCUUUUUACCUCGCUCCGUUGUUAUUUGUUGUUAAGGAAGACGAACUCAUGAAAGUAGGAAUUAAACCUGUCUCUAUAUUUGUCUCUCCUCCUCCAAUGUCUUUUUUUAAUCCAGGCUUUCUCUCAGUUCAGCUUGUCAUUGGAUUAGUGGUGAUUGGAGCUACCUACGCAUUGGGGAACUUCAGAAGUACAGGAACUAAAAGAAGUAAAGCUGCAAGAAGAGGAAUUAGUGAAAAAUCCGUUGAUGAAGGAUGGCUGCCAGAUAUACACAAGAAAUAA